AAUCAAUAGCGGCGAGGUCCGUCUGAAAACAGCGCCGACAAACUAAAGCGCGUGUGCUGUAUUGCCGCGGCGAAUAACAUCAGUAACGCAAGUGCACUAACAAGAUAUACACAUUAAGCUAAACACUAAACAACAGGAAAUAAUUGUUGUUAUUAUUGUCGGUUGUUAAAAGUGUUGCUGGGUAAUUGUCGAUUAAAUGACUAAUUCGGUGGCGGAAUGACCAAGAAAAAAUCAGAUAAAUGAAACCGCGGUGACAGGCCGCGAGCUACGCUUUAUUAUCAAAUCUGUCUUAUCAAAUAUAUUUAUAUGGAUAAAAAUGUAUUUUUUAAUGUAAAUUUUAGACAAUUAUUUGGUGUUUAAAUAAUUUUUUAACCUCAAAGGAGCAAACAUGUCUGUCAAAAUGACUAAGUAUAAGCAUACUGAAUUUGAGGAUGAUAGUUGUAGCAGCAGUAUUGGAUCUGUUAUACUCAAUAGCGAAGGUAUUAGUACUUCGGCGACGCAUAUACGGUAUCACUCAGGUAUUAAUUUUUGGCGAGCGAGAACAAAACUCGAGAGAUGUUUACUCUGUGUAUGUAUCGGUCUGUCAAUAUUUACCUUCACCCUGCUUUUUAUUGACAUAAAAACGGCAACAAGAAGUAAAAAUGAAUGGGAGGACGCUCAGAUCCUUCACGUGUCGUCAAACAAUAGUUUUCAUUGUUUAACCGAGCAUUGCGUAACAGUCGCGGCAUCAAUAAUAAACAGUAUAAACCCGUCUGUGGACCCGUGUGAUGAUUUCUACGAGUACGCUUGCGGUGGUUGGAUUAAAAAAAAUCCAAUUCCAGAUGGCAAGAGUAUGUGGGGUACUUUUGGCAAAUUAGAACAAGAUAAUCAGCUUGUUGUUAAAAUAGCCUUGGAAAAAGAGUUGAGUGAAAUGAAAUCAAAAGCCGAGCAAAAAGCCAAGUUGUAUUAUUUAUCUUGCAUGGACGCCAAUGAAACGAUAGAGACACUUGGCGCCGAACCGAUGAUAGAUCUCCUGAAAGUUGUCGGAGAUUGGAACAUCACAAACACUAACAGAAGUAUUACAGACCGCGGAUUCAAUGUUUCCAACUGGAAUUUGCAAAGCAGCAUGCAUGUGCUACAAAAUGUCUACAACAUGGGAGGUUUGUUCUCCUGGGCGGUCAAUGAAGACGACAGAAACAGUACAAGACAUAUUAUACAGAUUGAUCAAGGCGGAUUAACUUUACCGACAACUGAUAAUUAUUUAAAUAAAACAGAACACGCAAAAGUUCUCGCGGCCUACUUGGAUUACAUGACCAAGAUCGGCGUACUGCUGGGAGGGGAAGAGAAAGAGACUAGAAGACAAAUGCAAGCGGUAAUUGACUUUGAAACAAAAUUAGCCGAAAUAACGAUCCCCCAAGAGGACAGACGCGAUGAAGAAAAAUUGUACAAUUUAAUGUCCAUUAAUCAAUUGCAAAAACUUGCGCCUUUUCUCUCGUGGGUUAAUUACUUCAAAAAUGCUACUAAGUUGGUGGGUAAGAGCAAAAAAAUCGACGGCCGGCAUAUGAUUGUUAAUUUUGCGCCAGAGUAUUUUAGGAAGCUUUCAAAGCUUGUUGAAGAGUACAAUAACACUACAGAGGGAAAAGUGAUACUAAAUAAUUAUUUAAUUUGGCAAACAGUAAGAUCAUUAACAGCAUUCCUCUCUCGACCCUUUCGGGAAGCGUACAAGGGUCUGAGAAAAGCAUUAAUUGGAUCGGAAGGUAGAGAGGAACAAUGGAGGUACUGUGUUACUGACGCUAACAAUGUUAUGGGUUUUGCCAUCGGCGCAAUGUUCGUACGACAAGUGUUUCACGGUAAAAGCAAGCCCAAGGCGGAGGAAAUGAUAUCGAGCAUCCGAGAAGCGUUCGUAAAAAACUUUAAAAACCUAAAUUGGAUGGACGGCGAGACGCGAAAGCUGGCGGAAGAGAAGGCCAACGCGAUAACGGACAUGAUCGGGUUCCCGGCGUUCAUUUUGUCGGCCAGCGAGCUUGACCAGCGGUACCAGGACCUGGCUAUAGAAGAAAACGAGUACUUCCAGAACAAUAUUAGGAUUAAUAAGUACACGCUGAAGAAGAAUCUAGAGAAGCUAGAUCACCCGGUUAAUAAAACAACUUGGAUCAUGACACCCCCGACGGUAAACGCGUACUACACCCCGACCAAAAACCAGAUCGUCUUUCCCGCGGGAAUCCUCCAGAGCCCGUUCUACGCGAUGGAUAAUCCCUCCAGCCUCAAUUACGGAGGCAUUGGCGUUGUUAUGGGCCAUGAACUUACCCAUGCAUUCGAUGAUCAAGGCCGUGAGUAUGAUCUCAACGGUAAUUUAAAUAAAUGGUGGAAUAACGCUACCAUUCAGAGGUUUAAGAAUCAGACUGAGUGUUUUGUUCAACAGUAUGGUAAUUAUCAGAUUGAAAAUCGUCAUAUUAAUGGAAGACAGACUUUAGGUGAGAAUAUUGCUGAUAAUGGUGGACUCAAAGCAGCUUAUCAUGCGUAUUUAAAUUCGCCUUUAAAUUAUCAUGACCAAUUACCGCUACCUGGUUUGAGUCACUUGAACCAUCGUCAAUUAUUUUUUAUAAAUUUUGCUCAGGUAUGGUGCUCAGCAACAACGUCCGAAUCAUUGAACCUGCAGAUAGAAAAAGACUCGCACUGUCCGCCAAAAUUCCGCGUGAUAGGACCUCUAUCAAACUUCCCAGAGUUUUCCCGAGAAUUCAACUGCCCGGUAAGGUCCCACAUGAACCCGGAUGCCAAGUGCGAAGUCUGGUGAACAAUAAAACUACUGAUUAAAACAAACCGUUUGUACAAACAAAAGCCUACGUGCUUUUUCUUACCAAAACAAAAAACAACAAAUAAUAAAAAGUCUAAUUGAUUUUUUAAUCCAAUGAAUUAUUUUUUUUUAUCUCGUUCUUUGUUACUGAGGACCUUUGUGCACUCUAGAUAAAAUGGUGACAAAUUAUAUAUAUAAAUAUAAAAUUUAAGAAAAGUUAUGAAUAAAAAAUUGAAUAAAUAAGAAAA